AUGCCUUGCUCUACGCUUUCUCUAACACUAGGCAUCCUGAGUAGUUUGCUGUUCCAGGAUGUUGGUGCUGUCAGGCUGCCACUCACUGGCGACGACGACUCCAACAGAAUCAUAAACGGAAUAUUUUCAGAGAACAGUCAAGAUAUUCCACGGAGUUUAGAAAUGGAGGAGUUCGCUUUCAAUGUGGUCCCAACCAGUGGCAGAGCAAGUUCACCCACAAUUCUGCGACUGCACCCAAUAUCAGCCAAACCAUCACACCUGCACGCCAACCUGCCACUCCGCUUCGGCCGGGAAGCAUACAUCGAGCGAACACCCAAAUCAUCCAUCAAUCUUCCACAGAGGUUUGGCCGCUCUCAGGAGGGUGACCUGACCUCCGGGCAGCAGUGUAACGAGUGCCGGAGGGCUGAGUCCCCACCCUCUGCCACAUUGCCACAGAGGUUUGGACGACGGAACAUAUUUGUUGAGGACCCUUUUCGUGCACUGGCCAUAUUCACACGCACCCUUGAAUCACCUUUUCCUAGAGACAGGACAGAAGACUAUGACUACAUGCUUGAAACGAUACAAGAGGACGACAAAGCUUUAAAGAGCAAAAAAUACAUUGACUAAGACUAACAACACACAACAUGUUCCUGCAAAAUGUGUGUGCCUGUUUCAUUCAUUUUCUUACUCGCUGCAUGUAUUUGCAUCUAUACUUGUGUGCUUGUAAUCUGCUGUGAGAUUAGCCGUCUGUGUGAACAUAUAUUUAGUACAUCUUUUUUUCCUGAGCAGCUUUCAGCACCAAGGACAAUUUAAUGUGUCCUAAUAACAACUAUAUUAUACAUAUUAACAGUAAUAAUAACAACAAAUCAGUAAAUAGAAAUAAUAACAAAAUGUAAAUAAAACUAAAUGUGUAAAGCUUGUCUUUGUGCAUAAAUGGGGACAGAAACAUUUAUUAGUGAAGUUCUGCAAACUAAAAGAUCUUUGGUGAAGGUUCAGAGCUUUUCUCUUUUAUACUGUUCGACCAUCACAUGUAACAGUAAUUCAGCGAAAACGUUAACACAUCCUCUACAGAGAACCCACUUCUGUACAUUUUAAUAUACCAUUAUCGUUUAUUUGCUGAAUUUAGCACAUUAGAAUAAGAACCCAUAAAAUGUGGUCUGUGCAAAAGUUAUAACAUUUUAUAUUUAAUGUUUUGUUUUUUUCCCAAAAUAUAAAGAUCAGAAAUGGUGCAUUAACACAUUAAAAUGUGCAGAAACAUACUAAGUAAUAUGCAAGUGUGUUUCCUGUGCAGGGAGCAUUAACAUAGUUUCCCUUAAAAAAAAUCAGCAAAGCAGAAUGAGACUCUGUGUGUUCACACUUUUGUAUUUAACUGUACAAAGGUGACAUUCAGGCCUGGGCCCAGACAAUUUAAAGGGCAGAGGCUCUACAAAAAAACUCAUUUACACCAUAUGGCAGAUGCUCUUACCCAGAGAUAUAAUGUAAUCCUAUGUCUCAUCCAAGACAGACAUAGACAGCUAAUAUCACUAUUGCUAGAUAUUUGUUAAACGUUUUAGCAGGACCAGAUAGAUAAAUAGACAUGACCAAUAUUUCAAUACGCAUUUACUAUGUACCAGAAGUGGUUGGAUAGUGUAGUGGUUAACACCUCUGCCUUCUACACUGUAGACUGGGUUCGAUCCCCACCAGGGUAAGCACCCUACACUAUACCAAUAAGAGUCCUUGGGCAAGGCUCCUAACACCACCUUGGCCUGCCUAUGUAAAAUGAUCAAAUUGUAAGUCGCUCUGGAUAAGAGCAUCAGCCAAAUGCCGUGAAUGUAAAUGCAGAACAGCAAAAUGUUUGUGACAGUGGUUACUGUGCUAAAAAGUCUGCAUUUGACUUAUUUUACUACAUCCUCUACAGUUGUAAUGCUCUACAAA